AGGACCCUGUGGGCACUGAAAUCCAGCUCACCCAUGCCUACUUCCUGUAAUGGACAAACUUGAUGCUAAUGUGAGUUCCAAGGAGGGUUUCGGGUCAGUGGAGAAGGUGGUGCUGCUCACGUUUCUCUCAGCUGUUAUCCUGAUGGCCAUCCUGGGGAACCUGCUGGUGAUGGUGGCCGUGUGCAGGGACCGGCAGCUCAGGAAAAUAAAAACCAAUUAUUUCAUUGUAUCUCUUGCUUUUGCGGACCUGCUGGUUUCGGUGCUGGUGAUGCCCUUUGGUGCCAUUGAGUUGGUUCAAGACAUCUGGGUUUAUGGGGAGAUGUUUUGCCUUGUCCGGACAUCUCUGGACGUCCUGCUCACAACCGCAUCGAUUUUUCACCUGUGCUGCAUUUCCCUGGACAGGUAUUAUGCCAUCUGCUGCCAGCCUCUGGUCUACAGGAACAAGAUGACCCCUCUGCGCAUCGCAUUAAUGCUGGGAGGCUGCUGGGUCAUCCCCACCUUUAUCUCUUUCCUCCCUAUAAUGCAAGGCUGGAAUAACAUUGGCAUAAUUGAUCUGAUAGAAAAAAGGAAGUUCAACCAGAACUCUAACGCCACUUACUGUAUCUUCAUGGUCAACAAGCCCUACGCCAUCACCUGCUCUGUGGUGGCCUUCUACAUCCCAUUUCUUCUCAUGGUGCUGGCCUAUUAUCGCAUCUAUGUCACAGCCAAGGAGCAUGCCCACCAGAUCCAGAUGCUACAACGGGCUGGAGCCCCCUCUGAGGGAAGACCCCAGCCAGCGGACCAGCACAGCACUCACCGCAUGAGGACAGAGACCAAAGCAGCCAAGACGCUGUGCAUCAUCAUGGGCUGCUUUUGCCUCUGCUGGGCUCCAUUUUUUGUCACCAACAUUGUGGAUCCUUUCAUAGACUACACUGUCCCUGGGCAAGUGUGGACCGCUUUCCUCUGGCUCGGCUAUAUUAAUUCCGGGUUGAACCCCUUUCUCUACGCCUUCUUGAACAAGUCUUUUAGACGUGCCUUUCUCAUCAUCCUCUGCUGUGAUGAUGAGCGCUACCGAAGACCUUCCAUUCUGGGCCAGACAGUCCCCUGUUCAACCACGACCAUCAAUGGAUCCACACACGUACUAAGGACAGAUUUUCUGUUUUGCAGAGACAUUUUUGCAAAGCCUUGGACAAAGCCUGCUGGUGGUCCAUUCCCAGGCAUGCUGAAUGUUAGGUGUGCAACUAUAAGAAAGUCUGCUGUGGGGGAUGCAGUGGAGUGUGGUGGCCCAUGGGAGAGUCAGUGCCACCCCCCAGCAACUUCUCCUUUGGUGGCUGCUCAGCCCGGGGACACUUAGGCCCCCAGGACAUUGACCCAGAAGACAGCCAUACCUCCGAGAGAGGGCCGGGUCCUGACUGCUGCUUGUGUGGGACUGCAUCUGGUAUUCCCUUCACCCGAGGCCCCCCAUCUGCCAAUACAAGCCCUGUGCACACCGGGUUUUUCCUGGAGAUUCCAGAAGGUGACACUGAGGGAGUCAGGGGACAUGAUGGGCUCAUCGUUCACUUUUCAUUUCUCAGUACUCCUUCUUCCUGGAGUCUCUACUCUUACCUCACAGUCUCUGGUGUCUCUGACAUGUCCCCCUUGCUGUUCCUGAUCUGUUUCAUGCCCUAAGCACAAUCACUCACUGUGUCUAUCUCCAUCAUAGAUGUCUCCAGAUAUGUCUUCUUUGCUGUGUCUUCUCACAGCGU